GAUCUGUUGGCGCUGCACGUUGGUAUUUCUUGCCUCUACGGAAUGGUUUGAGGAGAGCCACGCGGGGGGCGUUGAUCAGCGGCCCUGCGUCGCAUGCCUAGGCUGCUCUCCCCGAUGACUGCGGGACUGACGAUGCCUCUGGCGCCUAUCUGGCUACAGUGCUCGUUAGGGACGCCAAGGGUGAUUCACCUUCACUGGCAACAUCCGUCCGGCUGCGGACACGAUCUGAAUAAUGAGGGCCCACCCCACCGACCGUGCGACUCUGCCUCUUGCGCCCGCUCUCUGGCUGGCCGCCUCCUUUUCCAUCCGCGGCCAGUGAGAAUGCCAGAAGCUAUAAACUUUGAUCAUCCUGCUUGGUCUCUAUUUUGCUGUACUCGUACAGAUAUACGGAUAUACGGAUACGGCCUCCAAAGGCGAGGACAGAGCAAAGCCCAAGUUAUUUCUUGGUUUCCGUGCCGGACGCCUCAAUCUGGCUGAGAGGCCGGGUCGGCAGGGCCACUACAGUCAUCCACCUGCACAUUCCGUACUAGCCGGCACAGGCCGUGCUCCGAGCACACUUGGACCUCCGCAGAGAGAGUGGAUUGGGCGUUUAGAUUGGCUGUGCACAGCUCUG